UCAGACAUAAUACCAAUAUAGGUACCAACCUACUCGUGUCGCACAGUUUUAUUUCAAUUUACAGUGUUUUUUUAAUUAACUACGAGUGCUUUGUGAGUUUAUUUAAUGUAUUUGACAAAAUAGAAGGUCCUGCUAUGGAAAACCCAAACUCCCCCGAACGCACCGCCCCGAUACAACAUGUACGCAUUUCACGAGCUUUUCGUCAAUUUAAAAAUCCUCCGCAGCCUCAUAUGUGUAUACAAGAUACUAUAAAAGAUUCUACUGAAAAGCUGUUCAUCAAUGUUUUGGGAUGGCAGAAAAUUGCAAAUCCGAAGCAAUAUUCUGAUCCUAUACCUUUGUACGGCGGAAUGCAGGUGCAUCAAGCUCUGGGACCAAAUAGUAGCAGACCGCCGCUUUUGGUUUUUGCUGUGAUGGUUAAUCCAGAAAUUUUAAAGGCUAAUGGAAAAAAUGCUUCAAAUCCAAGUGAUCGAGAUGCAUUGGUGAGUCUGCUUUGUGACUUUGUUGAAGCGAUGAAUCCAGGAUUAGUGCUAGCAAGAAAUCCACUUAUAAUGAAAGACAGGGAUCUUGCUGGAGAGCUGAAGGAUGUGUGGCUGGCUGUACAGAAUAAAAGAGAACGAGAAAAAGGAUUGUCUCAAGAUGUUAUGUAUAAGGUUUAUGAUAUUGAUGGUAUUGGCAAUGAUGAUGUUAAUGAUGAUGAAAGAAACAACAGCAAAAAUUAUAAAGAUUGUGAUGGUAACUCUCCCAACAAGAAUCAAGGUCUUGACAAGAAAAAUGUUAAGUCUUCAAAGCAAAUACUUAUGAAUGCUGGUCAAAAGUCAGAAUUUGAUUCCGGAAUGAACAAUUGCCAACUGAAUCAAAAUAGUCCAAGCAAAGACAACAGGUGUGCAAACACGGAUGCUGAUACAACAUACUGUACAUCAAAAUAUGGACAAAUAGUUUCCAGCAGAGAAAAUCACAAUCAAAUUAAUGAAAUACAACAAAAAAUAACAUCAAACGAUACAAAACCCUCAAGCUCAUUUAGAAAAGACUGCAAUUCAGUAAACAGUAAAACAUCACAAAGUUGGGAUGAAUUUUCAAAACGAAGCAUGUCAUCUAUGAAAGCUGAAGAAAGGAAAAAAGCUAAAUCAAAAGAAAACACAUGGAGCAAUGGAAAAACGCAUUAUGACUUCUUUCCAGUUUUCAACAACAAAAAUAACGAUAGUGAGGACUCUGAGAGUAUAAAAGACAGAAGUAAAGAAGAUAAUUCUAACGUAAUUAUAGAUCCAAUGCAGAAGCUAGUUCUGCAUUCGACUGAUAAUAAAAUUUGUGAUAAUAAAUCAAGAGCUCGCUCAUUUAGUACAUAAAGCUUUUUACAAACAACUUUUAUAUGGCAGUUGGUAUUUAAAUUAUUGCUUGUAUAUUGACAAUUUAUAUGUUUAGAUUUAGUACAGUUGCAUGGACAAAAUACAGGACUUGUCCACUCCAACUCUGAUCUCUGACCCUACAUCACACAAAGACAAAAUCAGUGAAAUCUCAAGGACCUUAUUGGCACAAAAAUUACAGUGUGGUGGUGUACCUUUGUGAAUUGCCGUGUGUAUAUUUUAUUCUUGUGUUUAUGUGUUUUUUUGCAUGCUUGUGUAAAAGGGGUUGUGUAUAAAUAUAUUGUGUGUUUGACCGAGCAUUUGGGCCCAAUGAUGUUGCUAUUGAUAAAUUUAUACAUUGCUAUAUUUUCAUUGUUGCCAAUUUUAAAUAUUAAUCGUUGUUACGUGACGUCGCCUUGUUUCUAUUAUCACCUUGAACAUUUUGAAUACAUUUUUUAAAAUAAUAAUCAUAUACAUUGUUCAUUUGCUGGAAAAACCUAUAUAAAAUAAAUAAACAUGGUGAUGAUAUAAACAAAGCCUUAUAAUAAUUCUUGCUCAUGUUAAUUCUAAAUUUGUAUUUAAUGUAUUACACAUUUAUCCAAGUGUUUAACUCUAUGUACAUGGACUUUAUCUUUGUACAACUUAAAUUUGAUUUUUUGUAUAAAGAAAAUUAUACCCAAAUGAAAAACAAUACAAUCUCUUGUACAAACCUACUUAUUGGCCGUAUAUUUACACAUAAACAUUAAACGCGAAAUGGCAGUUAAUCUGUAGUAAAAUAUAUGUUAAUAUGUUAAACCAUAGUAUAUUAGAAUCCCAUAUGUUAGUUCCCAUCACUGCCAAAGGAUGCUUAACCUUGCAUUUAUUAUCAUGAUAACUGUCUUUUAUACCUCUUGUAAUUGUAGGUGGUGUAGAGUAGGUAGGUUCAACGAAUAAUUGACGUGCUAUUAGAAUUAGCCUGUGAAAUUAGAACAUUUUUACUGAAUCUUAUUUAUUUUGUGUUUUAGAUUUUUAUAUGAAGGUUAAUAUAAAUUUUACUGGUAAGACAUCGGGUCCUUUCUUUUAAGUAUUUGAUUUGUAUUUCUAAAUAUCUCAUGGUUGUGAGUGGCCCAGUGAAUACAAUGUGUUUCAAUGAUCUGUUCUAAAUUACAAUACAUACUCAAAAAUAUGGAACAUUAGUAAGACUGUGUGUGUUUUUACUCAUGGAAUUUCAAAACAGAACUAUACUAAUAAGCACUACUAAUUGAAUCUGUGUCAGUAUUAAAAAAGGGUUAUCAAACCUAAGCCUACCUUACAUUGGUUUUAACUGAAGUGCAUCUUAACAUUUAGUGUGUAACAUUUUUAUUUUAAGCAUUUUUAUAAUUAUUGUAUUUAAUAUUUGCUUUAUAUUAAUUGCAUUUAUAAGAUACUGUAUAUUUUUUGACAAAUAUGUAAUUAAUGUUUAGAUUUUGUUUUGAUAGUUUUAAAUGUUUUAAGUAUAUAGCUGUAUUAGCCAUAGCAGUAUCGAAUUAUUAUUAUUGUUCCUUAUAUUAAUGUAUAUCGAUGGUUUGAGAAUGUAAUACAUUAUUUUAUAAUUAGCUUUGCUAGAUUUAGGAUGGAUAUUAUACCAAUUGUUAUUAUUUUCAACUUGAACCAAUUUUAGUCAACUGAAGUGCAAUAACCAAACCUAAAAACUUAUUAUAACAAUGUAUUGUCCCUAUAAAAGUGUUUUUACUUUAAAAUUUAGAAUGGUGUCUGCUGCAUCAAUCAGUUAAUGCAGUAACUAAGCAUAGGCAGUUUGUUUUCGGCAGUUUUGUUCUAUUUUGAGGGAGGAUAUUCAUAUGGACUAAACAUACUGAUCAGUUGCUGUAGUUGGUGCUUGAUUUUGAUUUUUAUGUAUUGUAAUUAUUUUUUAAUUAACAUUUGGUAUAAUAUAUUUGCAAUAUGUUAUGCAAUAAACUUAAUAUUUUACAAUUCUAUAGAUCUUCACAGCAGUUACAUAGUGCUGUAUAGUUAAUUUCAAGUUGUACUUUGUUUUUUAACGUACAUGAUGACUAUGAACAAAUCUUGGAUCUCUUGUUUACAGUAUUUAAAUUACAUGUCAUUUACAAGACUG